AUGGUGGCUGUUACGGAUUUCUUUUCUCCCACCACCUCUUCUACUUCUGAUACCUCUUCCAUCGCCACCAAUACCACCAUCACUAAUCAAGCCGUUCAUAAUUUAAAUAUCCCCGUAACACCGGGUUAUCGGGCUCCCAGAGAACCUAUUGUUCUCUGUCACGGAUUGUACGGAUUUGAUCUUUGGGGACCCGAGGCUUUUCCUUCGUUGCAGUUGCAUUAUUGGUGCGGAAUUGAAGACGCUUUGGCAAAAUUGGGCGCCAAAGUCGUUGUGAGCAGAGUACCGAAAGCUGGAUCCAUUAAAGAACGAGCCCACACACUUCACACCGUUCUUCAACAAAUCAUGCAUCACAAAAAAGUCAACUUUAUUGCUCAUUCGAUGGGUGGACUGGAUUGUCGUUAUCUUAUUUCCCAUAUACGGCAACGACAAUAUGACGUUCAGUCACUGUCGACAGUUUGUACUCCUCACCGCGGAUCCUCGCUCAUGGAUUGGUUUCGCAAUCAUGUGGGAGUAGGCAAAAACUUGAGCGACAGUUUGCUUGAUGGGGCCUUGAAACAGAACAACCCCAUGCAGACCCACCGUUACUGGAAUGCGCACUCGGGUUCUUCCAUCUCGGCUCUAAAAGCCACCAUGCGGUACGAAGAGAACCAACCUCUCACUUUAACGUCGUCUUCACCUGGCCAAUUCUGGCAACCGGCAAUGCAAAAGCUCGUGCAAUGGUUUGAUGCCCCGGCAUACGCGAAUUUGACGACGGAUUUUUGUAAAUAUCACUUCAACCCCAACACACCAGACGAUCGUCGAGUCGCUUAUUAUUCGUACGGUGCUGCGGCCGAUAUUCCUGCAUGGUCUUCGAUGCUGGGGAUGCCCUGGAACUAUAUGCAGAAGAAAGAAGGCGAUAACGACGGUAUCGUCAGCGUACAAAGUGCCAAAUGGGGUCAGUACGUGAAAACGCUUGAAGCCGAUCACUGGGAUCUCAGCGGAGAAAGGUGA